UGUGUGUGUGUGUGUGUGUGUGUGUGUGUGUGUCUAUUUCUGUCACUGUGGGAACGGGCGCUUUAUUGUGGAGCAGCUGAACAGGAAGUAGAUGUCAACGUUUGUUUCUCUGGAAAUUACACACACACACUGUUGCUGAUCCAGCUGCAUCAACAACAAUACAACCAGUAAAUACUGAGGGCUAACCUGUGUGUGUGUGUGUGUGUGUGUGUGUGUGUCUCUAUAUAUAUGUGUGUGUGUGUGUGUGUGUCUCUGUAUAUGUGUGUGUUUAGGUCAUCACCCCGUGCAGACGUCUCAUCCUGUGUGCAGACAACAGGAAGGAGAUGGAGGAGUGGAUGGCAGCUCUGCGCAGCGUCCAGAACAGACAGAACUACGAGUCCACCCAGUACAGCAUGGACCACUUCAGCGGGAUGCACAACUGGUACGCCUGUUCUCACGCCAGACCGACGUACUGCAACGUGUGCAGAGAGGCGUUAUCAGGGGUGACGUCCCACGGGCUGUCCUGUGAAGUGUGUAAGUUUAAGGCUCAUAAGAGAUGUGCAGUCAGAGCCACCAACAACUGUAAAUGGACGACUUUGGCUUCUAUUGGGAAAGACAUCAUUGAGGACGAGGACGGGGUGUCGAUGCCUCAUCAGUGGUUGGAGGGAAACCUGCCGGUCUCAGCUAAAUGUAACGUCUGUGAUAAAACCUGUGGGAGCGUCCUCCGUCUGCAGGACUGGAGGUGUCUCUGGUGUAAAGCUAUGGUGCACUCAGGCUGUAAGGAGCAGCUGUCCUCUAAGUGUCCUCUGGGUCAAUGUAAAGUGUCAGUUAUCCCCCCAACUGCACUCAACAGCAUCGACUCUGACGGUUUCUGGAAGGCCUCGUGUCCUCCGUCCUGCACCAGUCCUCUGCUGGUGUUUGUCAACUCUAAGAGUGGAGACAACCAGGGCAUCAAGUUCCUGAGACGCUUCAAACAGCUGCUGAACCCGGCACAGGUGUUUGACCUGAUGAAUGGGGGACCUCACCUGGGUCUGCGUUUGUUCCAGAAGUUUGAUACGUUCAGGAUCCUGGUGUGUGGAGGAGACGGCAGCGUCGGCUGGGUUCUGUCUGAGAUCGAUGCUCUCACGCUGCACAAACAGUGUCAGCUGGGAGUUCUUCCUCUGGGGACUGGGAAUGAUCUGGCCCGGGUUCUGGGGUGGGGUUCAGCCUGUGACGACGACACACAGCUGCCUCAGAUACUGGAGAAACUGGAGAGAGCCAGCACCAAGAUGUUAGACAGGUGGAGUAUUAUGGUCUAUGAGACUAAGUUUCCACGGCAAAAUUCUGCCUCCACCGUCACUGAAUACUGUAGCGACGACUCUGAGGUUCAGCAGAUUUUGACCUAUGAGGACUCAGUGGCUGCUCACCUGUCCAAGAUCCUCACCUCAGACCAGCACUCUGUCGUCAUCUCCUCCGCGAAGGUUCUGUGUGAGACGGUGAAGGACUUUGUGGCUCGUGUUGGAAAAGCGUACGAGAAGAACACAGAGAGUUCAGAGGAGUCAGAUGUCAUGGCCAAGAAGUGUGGUGUGUUAAAGGAGAAGCUGGACUCCCUCCUAAAGACUCUGAAUGAAGAGUCUCAGGCCUCCACCGUGCCCCCCCCGCCCCCUCCCCCCACCAUCGCUGAGGAGCAGGAGGAUGCUGAAGGAGUUGUGCUGCCUCCUUCUCUUCAUCAUCAGCGUCACAAUCAUCAUCCUCCUCAUGCCCCGCCCCUCUCCCCAUGGAUUAUUGCUUCCUCUUCAGCGGUGGCCAUAUUUAAACCUCGAGAGCAGCUGAUGCUGAGAGCCAACAGUCUGAAGAAAGCCAUCAGACAGAUCAUCGAGCACACGGAGAAAGCGGUGGAAGAGCAGAACUCUCUCAGUCCACCUGGGGAAGAUGAGGGGUUGGAAGAGGAGGAAGAAGAACAGGACAAGUUGUCUCUGCAGUCGUCCUACAGCACCAAGCACUGCAACACACGCAGAGUCAGUAAGAGGCCCUGUGAGAAGCUGAUCAGUAAAGGCAGCCAGUCACUGGGCAGCUCUGCAUCACUUCCUGUCCAGACAGGAAGUAGGGAGACCACGCCCACACUCGACACAAAGAUCCUCUAUCCAGGUCUUAGAGGAAUCUCAGCUUCUCUCUCCAGCAGUUCUGUGAUCAGUCGACUUUUGGUCAAUGCCGACCCGUUCAGCUGUGACCCCGACAACAUGGACUGCUACACUGAGAAGUGUGUCAUGAAUAACUACUUUGGAAUCGGACUGGACGCUAAAAUCUCUCUGGACUUCAACAACAAGAGAGACGAACAUCCAGAGAAGUGCAGGUCCACCUUCACAUUAUUUAAUUAUUAUUAAUUAUGUCGUUUUUAUGAGUGAGGUUUGUAGUUUUUAUGAGUGAAGUUUGUAGUUUUUAUGAGUGAGGUUUGUAUGAGUAAAGUUUGUAGUUUUCAUGAGUGAGGUUUGUUGUUUUUAUGAGUGAGGUUUGUAGUUUGUAUGAGUGAGGUUUGUAGU